AUGAGGAUAUAUCUAUUAGCACUUCUACCAGUCUUUAUACUUGCGCAAAAUGGAGAAGAGGCGGUUGAGAAUGCAGAAAACUUUAGGAGACUUUAUGGUAUUGCUUCAAAGAUUAUGGAAUUAAGCGGAAACAUUAUGAACGGAAAUGGUGGAAGUGAACAAGAAAUUCGUCCUCGUUUUCAAGGGGUUCGAUCGUUCACUGAAGACAAUAGUAUCCUGAGUGGAGGAUCAUCGUCGCAGAAUGGGAUUAAUACGAUGGCGCAAAUGUUCCAACAGUACGGAGGAAUGCUUGCCAACGCGAAGUUUGCCCAGCCAACUACCACAACAACACAAGCGCCGUCCGGAUUCAAAUCAAUCCUUGACACUUUCCUAGGAACUGGUGGCAGCAGUGGAUCAGCUGGUGGAGGUGCAGACGAAUAUGAAAACUUACCACCACCACCAACUCCACGACCACGACCACGUCAAAACCUGUUCGGACAGUUUCUUGGAGGAGGAGGAGGACAAACAGCAGAUUCCAAUCCGCCGCCACAACAAUCAUCGCAGGCAGCUGCCGCUGGUGGAAACCUUCUCAGUCUUUUUGGAUUGAUGCCCACACCAGCUCCAACAACUACCACAACCACUGAAGCCACACCUGUCCAGAGAAUUAUGAGUCUAUUCGUCCCACAACCUGAACGCCCUCAACCUGAGCAAUCCUCGAGUCGUGGAAGAAUCAACUUCCUGGAGAUGUUUGGACUUGCUAAGCCAACUACAACCACUACUGCCGCUCCACCACUCCGAGCACUCUUUGCUCCGGAUAAGCCAUAUAGUGGAACGGCAGAAGACUUUGAUGGAAUCAUGAACGCGCUUCUUCGAACCAACGCUAAGCCAGCUCGCCAAGAACCAUCUUCAAUUCUCUCUCAAUUUUUCGGAGGAAGAAAAUAA